AUGAAUCGGAGCCCCGUCUGCACUACACGAGACCCUGUCUCAUUAAACAACAGAGAACGUCUUCACAAGGACUUUGAACAAUAUGGGCCAGAGGCGUCCAGAGUAGCCCCAGAAUCCUGGGUGGUGACUGGGACCCUUGGGGAGUCAGUCACACUCCCCCUGCAGCUGCCGUCUGGACAGCAGGUGGACAGCAUCUCCUGGACAUCCCGUUCAGAGCCAAGGACGUUCGCCUCUAUUACCGCGGUAGAAACUGGAGAGCUAGGCACUUUUUACGAGGCAAAAACCCGAUACUGGGGUCGCGUGAGUAUUGUGCACCCUGACUUCUCUCUGCAGAUUAGCAACCUGAGCCUAGAGGACGCUGGGCCUUACAGGGCCUACAUCAACCUGAGGCACUCUCCUAUCACCCACACCCGGAAGUACCACCUGCAAGUCUGGGAGAGACUGAAGAAGCUCAGUAUCACUGCCAGUUCUCAGAUCACGAGGGACAGGACCUGCAUGCUUACCCUGGUGUGCUCCCUGGAGCAGGCUGGAGUGGACGUUCAGUACCACUGGGAACCCCAUGGCCAGGGGGCAAUUGUGUCCUCUGGGGGAAGCACUCACAAUGUCUCAUGGACAUCUGGUGAUAGUGACAGCUACCACUGCACUGCCAAGAAUCCUGUCAGCCAGAGCGCCAGCUCUGUUCCCGUCGGCCUCUUCUGCUUAGGUAAUGCCUUCGUUCUGUGUUUCUGUUAUUUCUGGGCAUCUCUGGUCCCUCUAUCCUUGGCCUUCUUCUUGGAUCUAGAAGAAGCUGAAGUAAAGUGGGGACAUGGGUUUGCAGCAGAGUGCAACCUCUGGAACGACAUCCCAGGGCCCAGCUCUGUCCUUCUCUGUCAGCUUCAGAUCUGUCAUGUCUCUACUUGCCCAGACUCAGCUGGGCUCCUGCUGGCUCUUGAGACUUGGUGA